AUGCCAGGAGACAGCCGCAACCCCGGCCACGCAUUCCCAACACACGACACCGGCUCCAGAGAAGAUGCUCAACGAGGCAUGACGUCGAACGGGCCAAUACAUUCGCCGCCUCGUGCUGUCGUUGCUCAUCGGUCACGCGAGGAGGGCGACAGAGAGAGAGCGCCCAGACAGCCGCAGCAGCAGCAGCAGCAGCAGCAGCAACUAAAGCAGCUAGAUCAGCAGCAGCAGUCCAGAGGAGGUAGAGGCGGCGGCGGCGGCGGCGGCGACCGAGACAGGCGAGAGGGCCGGGACAGCAGAGACGAUCGGGGCGAUCGAGACAGGCGCGGAGGCCGUGAAGACCGUGGCGAGAAGGACAGCAAUCGCAAAUCGAGAAAGCCGAGCGGUAGCAUUGGAAACGACGGCCAGAAUCGACAUCGGCGGUCGCGUGAGGGCAGCCGAAGCCGAAACAGACACGACGACGACGCGCGGCCGUCAUCGCGACGAGACCGAGAACGCGACAGAGAACGCGACAGAGACCGGGGACGAGACCGGGAACGACAUCGGGACCGAGACGCGGAUCGACGGCAAGCAUCGACGGCGGGAUUAGACCCAGUCUCGGCAGCGGCCACAGACGAACUGCAUCGAGGACGGCGCCACGACUCACGCAGCGGCUAUCAAAAGCCAACCAGCGGCGGCAACAAUCAUCCGAGCACGGGGAAACGGCCUCGGAGCCCGAGCGUGUCGUUUGGCUUUGCCGACGCUUCUGGUGGCCGCGGUAACGGUGGUUCUGCAGGCGGCGGCAGUGGUACACAGGCAAAGCGCUCUCGACGAGACAGGAGUCCCUAUUGGCAACCACCACACUCGCAUAGCGGCGGGCGUCCUCGCUCGCGAUCUCCCAACUCGCAUUACUCCCAAGAACACCGUCAAGGUUCACGGCGUUAUUCGUCCCGAUCACCACCCCCAGCGUCAUUGUCAACGUCACGGCGCGACCGCCGCUCGAGAAACAAGAACAAGGUACGGAGCGGAGCCGGUGCCGGCGCACCUACUGGCACUGGUGUUCACGGCAACGACCAUCAGCCCCCUCGGCUGUCGAAUCAACAGCUGCUCGCUGCCGAUCGACGCGACCGCUCGCGCUCGCACUCGCGCUCGCCAGUUGUACUAGACGAUACGGCGUCUCGCAGAGAUCAAACUCCCGAAGACCUCGACGCCGUCGACCUUGUGCCGACCGGCACACCUCCCCCGGAAGAACAGCAACAACGUCACCGCAGAACAUCCUUCACUUCGACGCGGUCUGGCGGAUCAAUCAAAGUGCGAGAGCCGGUACGAGAACGAGACCGGGAACCGAGCAGGGACCGGGCUCGAGACCGUGAAGACGAACGCGACCAAAGCCGAGAACGGGGACCAGAGAGGGAACGAAACAGAGACAGAGACAGAGACAGGGGCCGGGAGCGUGAUCGUGAUCGAGACCGCAACCGUUACCGCGACCGCGAUCGCGAUCGAGACCGCCACGGGCGCUCGCCCCGCGCCAGCAAGAAACGCAGUAGGAGACGGGACCGUUCUCGCGAAUCCUACGCCUCCAACGCGGCAUCCAACAGCCCCAGGUCUCCCAUUGACGACGAUAUGGCCGCACGUGGUGGGAGCUUCCGGGGCGGCGCAGGCCACGGCCCAUACUCCGUGAAGAACCCCCAACAGCAACACUACAACAACCAUUCGCCGCACCAGCAGCGCGACCAGCAAUACCCCCAUCCUCCCUCAUACUCUCAGUCCGGACAUGGCACUCCAAACUCUUCGUUCCACGGCUCUGCACCACCCCAAUCGCCGUACGGCAGUAGCCAGGGAUGGGCCCCAGCCCACGAACAAUACUCGCCUCACGGGCAAUUCCCGCCACAAUUACAACAACCGCACGACUACUCCCCUAACGGCACUUCCUUCCAACAGGCCAACUCCCCUCCAUACGGAGCCCCCUUAGGCCCUAGUGCGCAGUAUACGUCAACGUCACAGGGCCACAGUACCUAUCAGGGUAACUACUACGGGCCUGGAAGGGGCGACCACCGUGGAGACAGCGACUACAACGGACAGUGGCCCACAGGGCAGAAUGCCGACGGUAGCUAUCAACACGCAGCGCCCGCAAACGUAUCUCCCCACCCAGGAGCGCACCGCCACCACUCCAAUCACCAACACGGCAGCCACGGACAGGCAGCACAUUACGAGGGCGACGAUGUCCCGAUGCAAGAUACGGACGGCAUCCCGUACGAUCAGCGGCAGCCUUUAGACGACGGCAGCAUCGCGGGUCGACCAGACCGCGGCCGGAGGGAGUCCCGUCAGCCGAUAGCCGACGCCCAGAUGCCUCCGCCCAGUCGACAACCACCCACGGGUCCUCAGGGGUCCAAGUUCAGCUUCGCCUUCAAAGCCGCGUCGAAGAAUCACGUCGCUGCUCCCAAGGCGGAGAUUGCCCAGAAGCUUAGUGCCGCUCCCAGACAACCGCGGCAACAAUCGCCACAACAAGGCCAGCAGCAACAACAGCAACCACAACACCAGCAACAGCAGCGACAUUCCCACCAGGAUGGCGGUCGUGAUGAUGGAAACAAGAGGGAUUUGCCACCCCGCAACGCACCGACUGAACCGGCAUCCUCGCGGGCUCGGUUUGAGCAGCAGCAACGGCAGCGUGGUGACCAAAACCGCCCUCAACAGCAACAGCAGCAACAGCAGCAAUCCCGUCCUGGCCCGCGCUAUCGCAAGGUCAAGCAGAUCAUCCGCCACCCCAAACCACGACCGACACUGCCCGAGGACCUGGCUGCGUCCGACUCGGUCUACUACCGCAAGCCGGGCAACGAGUCAGUCGUUGGAUCUGGUACGUACGGAAAAGUGUUCAAGGCGGUCCACGUCUACACGAAGAAACUCGUUGCCCUCAAACGCAUUCGCAUGGAAGGCGAGCGUGAGGGCCUUCCCGUGACGGCCAUCCGUGAGAUCAAGCUGCUGCAGAGCCUGAAGCACGUCAACGUUGUCGAGCUGCAGGAGGUGAUGGUGGAGAAGAACGACUGCUUCAUGGUUUUCGAGUACCUUUCCCACGAUCUCAACGGCCUGCUCAACCACCCGACGUUCAAGCUGGAUGAUGGCCAGAAGAAGCACAUGGCCCUACAGUUGUUCCAAGGCCUCGACUACCUACACCGCCGCGGUGUUUUGCACCGUGAUAUCAAGGCCGCCAACAUUCUCGUCAGCAGCGACGGUAUCCUCAAGCUGGCCGAUUUUGGCCUGGCCCGCUUCUUUGCCAAGCGUCAUCAGCUCGACUAUUCGAACCGCGUCAUCACCAUUUGGUACCGGCCGCCCGAGCUGCUCCUGGGCGAGACACAAUACGGCCCGGCCGUCGACAUCUGGAGCGCCGCUUGUGUCAUGGUCGAGAUCUUCACGCAAGCCCCCAUCUUCCCGGGUGGUGGCGGCGAGAUCAGCCAGCUGUCCAAGAUCUACCACAUACUGGGCACGCCAACAAAAAGCGAAUGGCCCGGGCUGACCGAAAUGCCUUGGUUCGAGCUCAUGCGGCCCACCUAUCGACUGGCGAACGUCUUUGCCGAAACGUACCAGCACCGCGUCACGCCUGCCGCAUUUGACAUCCUCUCGGCCAUGUUCCGCUACAAUCCUGCCAACCGACCGUCCGCUGCGGAGGUCCUUGACCAUCGCUACUUCACCCAGGAACAGCCACCGGCGCGUCAAGCCAUUGAAUUGGCGGACAUUGGCGGUGAUUGGCACGAGUUCAAGUCCAAGGCUCUCCGGCGCCAGAACGAACGCAACGCAAAAGAGGCCCGUAAAGCAGCAGCGCAAGCUAUCGCAUCCGCAUCUGCCUCUGCCGACCCGGCCGCUGCUCCAGCACCAGCAAUUUCUGAUGCUAUCGUUUCCAGCGACAAACACGAGACGAAGAAGCGACCGCCUUCUACGGUGUCGGAGGUCGACGGCAAUGGCAGAGCCGGUAGUGCAGACCAGCGGGAGGCCAAGCGCCAGCAUAUUGAAGCACCAAGGCCCAAUACUGGUGCCGACCAAGAUACAUUGCCAGUGGCUAAAGCUGAGGUUGCCUCGGCCAUAGUUGCUGCAAUCUCAGAAGCCACAUCGUCCUCCAUGCCCAUCUCCGACGUGCCGACGCAGCCGAAACAGACCCCGGCGUUCCCACCGGAUGACACGAACAAAGACCGAAGCGGAGCCUAUCCAGGGCGUUAG